GCAGUUUGGAUGGUGGAGGAGGAAAGGAUGUGGAGGGACCGGCACGGGGCGGCCAGUGAGCUCUACUCCUUCCUCAGCGGUGUCUAUGAGGAAGUGAAGAAAGACAGACAGCGAAGCCCUUUUAUCUAUAAGGAUGACCUGCAGGUUCACUUGGUUAAUCCAGGCCGAUGCAAGUCACUGGAAGGUUUCUGGGGUGGAGGUGAAAUGGCUUUUGUUAUGGAGGGAAAGCCUUUCAAGGCAGAUGAAGAGAAAAAUGGAUGAAUCCCUGGACAGUUACAGCCAUUCAUUCAAUGUCCCUGUGGAGGUGUCCUGCCUACCAAUUGCCAGUGGUCCUCCAUGAGAGCCCGGCAGCAUACUUUCCAGCUACACACUUGACCCACAACCCCAAAACCAAUGGCUGGGCUGAGGAAUGGGAAGCCAGUGGAUGUCCUUGCCUCAAAUGUGGGUGCGGUGUGACGGCUCAGAUCCUGAAGGAACCUGUUGGCUCGGUGCUGAGCCUAUUAAGACCAGCAGAAAUGAGAUCACCGGAAUGACAUUCCAUAAAGUGACCUAUGCAGGCCCGACUACAGACCAAAACCCUCUUUUCCAAGCUUAGAAGCCUGAAGAAA